UAAACCUGCAUGACUGGUCUGAGAAAUGUGCUGCUCGCACAGCCAGGCACACACACCGGCGCGUCGCGACCACAACCGCGCUUCCAUUCGACGACAUGUCGCUACGUACGCAACUCCUACGUACUGUGUAUAAUGGUUACCAACUUCGUCAAUUUAGUGAAUUGAAAGGAAAAGAACGAGAAGGUGUAGCUUUACUUCGAGACGUGCUAGAAGAUCGGUUGCGGGAGAUAAAGAGGGCGAAGACUUGGAAACAUGAGAGAAUAAUCACCUCACCACAGGAUGCAAAGGUGACUAUUCAAGGAGCUAAAGGAGAUUUCUUGAACUUCUGUGCUAAUAAUUAUUUAGGAUUUUCUAAUCAUCCCGAAGUGGUAGAAGCAGCGAGGGAAGGUUUGACAAAAUACGGAGCAGGUCUCAGUUCCGUUAGAUUCAUUUGUGGAACGCAGCUUAUACAUAAGGAAUUGGAGCAACGAUUAGCCAAGUUCCAUGGGCGUGAGGAUACUAUACUCUAUGGAUCAUGCUUCGACGCGAAUGCUGGUCUUUUCGAGUCCAUGCUCACCCCUGAAGACGCAGUGUUCUCGGAUGCCCUGAACCAUGCUUCAAUCAUUGAUGGGAUCCGAUUGUGUAAGGCUCAGAAAUAUCGGUAUCCGCAUAGAGAUUUAAAUGAACUGGAACACUUAUUGGCGCAUAGUGAGGCACGCAUCAAGCUGAUUGUCACUGACGGCGUCUUCUCAAUGGAUGGGACUGUCGCGCCCAUAGCCGGGCUGCGGGAGCUCGCAGACAAGUACCGAGCCUUGCUGGCUGUUGAUGACAGCCACGCUACUGGUUUCUUCGGUGACUCCGGACGGGGCACUGAAGAAUACUGUGGCGUAAUGGGAGCAGCCGAUAUCAUCUGUUCGACGCUGGGCAAAGCAGUGAGUGGUGCGGCCGGCGGGUACACUACUGGCCCAAAAGAGUUGGUCACUUUGCUGAGAAAUGUUUCCAGACCUUACCUAUUUUCUAAUGCUCCUCCACCACCGGUGGUCGCUGCAUCGUUAAAGUCAUUAGAUUUGGUAGAGCAAAGCGGUGAACUGAGACAACGAUUGCAAGAAAACACAAGAAAUUUCCGUGAUGGUUUGAAGGCAGCUGGACUCACGGUGGCUGGGGAUGAUCAUCCCAUUUGUCCUGUGAUGGUCGGCGAAGCGCCCUUAGCGGUGGAACUAGCUUCUGGGAUGUUAGAACGUGGCAUAUAUGUCGUGGCCUUCAGUUAUCCGGUAGUACCCAAGGGCAAAGCGCGUGUACGGGUGCAACUGAGCGCCGCUCAUACGCCCGACGAUGUACAAACAGCCGUUCAAGCCUUCGCUGAAGUCGCUAAAAAAAUUGGUAUUGUAAAAUCAUAGAAUGCGAGAACUAAUUUUGAAAUUAUAUCUCCCAUUUUAAGUCUUUUCGAAUUUAUAAAAUUUUUUUUGUUAUUUAUAUGUAUAACAAUUGUAAAUAUCAGGAAAUGUAAUAUGAACUGAACAAAUAAAAUAUUAUAAAAUGCA